AUGGCCACACAUCCCGACCCCGCCGAGGUGGAAAUGGCCGCGGCUCCGGGGCCGCCCCGGGCCACAUCAACGGCGGCUGCUGCAAAAGACGGGGACCCGUUCCUGGUAGACUUUGCGCGGCCCUACGACGCCGAAAACCCUCUCGACUGGCCGGCGGGCCGCAAGUGGAUGGUGACCGACGUGCUCUCGGCCACGGGCUUCAACCGCAUCAUGGUGUCGACCAUCAUGGCGCCCGCGCUGACCAACAUCGCGGCGGAGCUGGACAUGACGGCGACCGAGUCGGCCAUGGCCCUGUCCAUCUACCUCCUCGCGACGGCCUUGGGCCCCCUGGUCAUCGGGCCGCUAUCCGAGAUCUACGGGCGGCAGGUCGUGCUCCACGCGUCGAGCGCCUGGUUCCUCGUCUGGAACGUGCUCUGCGGGUUCGCGACGACCAAGGGGACGCUGAUCGCCGCCCGCUUCCUCGCGGGGUUCGGCGCCAGCGCCAUCUACGCCCUCGGGGGCGGGGUCCUCGGGGACAUUUGGCGGCCGGAGCAGAGGGGCCGGUCAAUGGGCGUCUACCUGCUCAUCCCGCUGCUGGGCGCAGCCGUCGGCGAGUGCCCCGUUCGUCCGCCUGUGAGCGGUCCCAUCAUCGGCGGGUUUAUAGCCGCCCGCACGACCUGGCGCUGGAUGUUCUGGUCGACGUCCAUCUUCCAGGCCGCCAUGAUCUUCGUCUCGCUCUUCAGCUUUCCCGAGUCCUACGGUGCCCUGGUGCUCCGGCGCCGCGCCGCGCGGCUUCGCAAGGAGACCGGCGAGGCCCGCUACCGUACGGCGGGCGAGCGGCUCGAGGCCGACAGGUCCCCGUCGGACGUCGUGGGCCGGGCCCUGACGCGGCCUCUCCGACUGCUGCUGUUCCACCCCAUCAUCCAGGUCACUGCCGUCCUGUCCGGGUUCAACUACGGCAUCAUGUACGUGACGCUGUCGACGUUUUCCGACCUGUGGAAGGGCCAGUACGGGCAGUCCGUCGAGAUCAGCGGGCUGCACUACAUUGCCUGUUCCCUGGGCGAGCUCGUCGGGUCGCAGGUCGGCGGGCCCAUGAUGGACUUCCUAUACGGGCGUCGGCAGCAGCCCACGCCCGAGUCUCGGGUCAUGCUGAUGUUUUUGGGCAUCGUGCCCGCCUGGGCCGGGGUGUUGGCGUACGGCUGGACGGCGCAGUACCGUCUCCACUGGCUCCUCGUCGACGCCGGGGUCGUUGUCAUGAUGUUUGGGAUGCAGCUGAGCGGCAUGCCCGCGACGGCGUACGUUAUCGACACGUACGGGGAGCACACGAGCAGUGCCAUGGCGGCCACGCAGUUUGUCAAGAGCCUGACGGCCUUCUUGUUCCCCCUGUUCGCCCCGAGCAUGUACGGCGCGCUGGGAUACGGGUGGGCGAACAGCGUCAUGGCCCUGGCGGGCGUGGCCAUCUCCCUCCCGCUUCCCGUCUUCCUCUGGCGGUACGGAGCCCGGCUGCGCGCCAGAGCGUCGUCGACGUACUGA